AUGUAUAUUCGAGUGCUAUGUCUUCUUUUUUUAAGUUCUGUAGCUCUUAGUGAAGCUAAUGUUCUUCAGAGUACUGUUAACAUAAAGAAACUGCAAGGAAUCUUAGAAGAAGGUCUCAAAAGCAAAGAUGUCAGUACUUUGUAUUUUGCUAUUAAAGGGUACAAACUACUUAAUGCUACAAUACCUGAUGUCUGUGAAGAUUUGAAAAAUGCGAAAUAUGAUAAGACUAACGUAGAGCAUGUGUUCUACUUCACAAAUGCAGCUGCACUUUCUAAUUGUCGAAACAUUCUGAAACCAGAUGUUCUGCCAACACCCACUCAGACACUGGACAAAAAAGAUGCCACUUUACAAGAAUUAUACUAUGCUGUGUUUUCUCUAAAGGCUAUGGGUAAAGGUUCUAUUUAUGAUAAAGAAGAUGCCUUGAAGAACCUCAUACAAUUGUUGAAGAAAGAUGAUUCUCCUGCCAACUAUGGGUACGUGUUCGCGCUGUGCGAGCACAUGGGCUGCGGUGCGUGGACGUCGUCUCAUGCUGACGGAGUGUUGCUGGCGGCUGACGAGAGUGAUUCUCGAGCGUUGCACUUCGAUGGUGGAUUGCCUGUCACCGCAUUACUGCUUGGUACUAUUUCUAGAACUUAUAAAAGUCUGAAGAAACCAUCACCUUUAAAUGAAGUACAGCGCUACAAGUUUGCAAAUUACAUAACUGGCCGAUCAGUUAGCACACCACGGGGGGCCGCCUUGUUGUUGGAGGCAGCUAAUGCUCUUGCUAAUGACGAGCCAUCCCCAAUCAGCAUUACAAUUAAAGGGAAAAAAUAUAUCACUUUCGAAUCUGAUAGUGUAGAGUUUUCCAUCACUGAUCUGAUUGGUCGUCCAGUACGAGGCCUAAAGCCUGAGGAAGUCGUAGCUCAAUCCGCCACAAGACUUGCCGAUGAUGUUGUUGUUCUCUCCAAGCAACCACUUACACAGAAACCUAAUGACCCCACGACUUACGUCCUUAAUUUAAGCAAGAUUAAAGCACAAUAUGGAUUGUACAAGAUCUCCCUCAGUGCUGGGUCAAAAACAGCAAACAUUAACAUAGCUGUGUUGGGUGAAAUUCAAGUUGGCAGCUUGGAAGUGGGUGUUGGUGAUGUGGAUGGAACAACAAGCCCAAAAAUCACAACUAUCACUUACCCAAACAAGUUGUCUGAAACACUUCAAGCAGAUCACUUACAAAAAUUGAGUCUGAAGUUCAGUGUACGGGACAAAAUCAACAAACCGGUGUCCGUACAGCAGGCAUUCGUCCGCGUGGCGCCUGUUGCGGCCGGCGCCCCGGACACGCUCGAAGCCAUUUACGUGGCAGAACCCAGUGCUAACACCUACAGAGUCGAGCUGAACGUGGGGGCGAUCGCAAAGCACCUUAACUAUGCUUCAGGCGCUCAUUCACUGACGCUAUACUUAGGCGACAGUGCUGUCUCCAAUCCUAUCGCCUGGGAGCUCGGUGAAAUCAUCUUCAACUUUGGCAGGGACGCCAAUGCCGUCGGGUUGCCAGUGCGCGGUGCUGUAGCGGGUGUGCGCGGCCCGCUGCCGGAGAUCGCGCAUCAAUUCCGCGCGAAGGAGGCGCGGCCGCCGCGCGCCGUGUCCGACGUGUGCGCGUGCGCGUGCGCCGCGCCGCUGCUGCUGCUGCUGGCGCUGUGGGCGCGCCUGCGCCCGCGCCUCGCCGCGCCGCCGCCCAGCGCGCUGCUGUUCCACCUCGCGCUCGCAGGUUCGCUGGGUCUGUACGUGAUGUUCUGGCUGAGGCUGACAAUGUUCGAGACGCUGCGGUACCUGGCUCCGUUGGCGCUACUCACGUUCCUGUCGGGGCACCGGCUGCUGCGCAGGCUCGCGCAGGACAAGGCUCAGGCGCGUUAA